CAAACGGAUAACUUGACCGAGUUAGAGAACCUCAACGAGGAAACUCUGCUUAAUGAGCUCAAGGCUCGCUACGAUCGCGAUCAAAUCUACACCUAUGUUGGUGAAAUUCUGGUCGCUGUCAACCCUUUUAAGACGAUUGAUGGCAUCUACAGCGAUGCCAAGGCGGCCAUCUACAAGGAUCUCGGUGAUCGCAGCGUGGCCCCUCCGCACAUCUUCGCCGUCGCCGAUGCUGCCUUCUCUGCCAUGAUCAACAAUACGGGUGAAGCGGCCAACCAGGUCGCCGUCAUCUCGGGCGAGUCGGGUGCCGGCAAGACGGAAUCGGCCAAACUGUUCAUGAAGCAUGUCAUCUACCUCAGCUCACUUGUGGCGGGUGGUUUGGAGGAGAAGAUCAUUCAGCUGAACCCCCUCCUCGAAGCAUGGGGUAACGCCGCUACCCUGCGCAAUGACAACUCGUCCCGCUUUGGAAAGUUUGUACAACUUCGCUUCAACGAUCAACACCAGAUCCAGGGUGCCGUCAUGGCCGACUACCUUCUAGAGAAGAGCCGCGUUGUCAGCCAGGGCGAGGGCGAACGCAACUUUCACGUCUUCUACCUCAUGUUUGCCGGCAUGAACCCGGACGAGCUUGAGAAAUACAAUCUGGUCGAUGCGGCUGAACAUGCGUACCUGAAUGGCAACAAUGAAGCCAUUGCUGAAAUCAAGUCCCCACAGAUGAAGGCGUUGUACAAGGAGCUGGCUGACUGCAUCGAGGAUGUCGGUUUUACCACGGAGGAGAAAAACGACAUGUGGGCCAUCUUGGCCGGCGUCCUCUUGACUGGUGACAUUGAGUUUGCCGGUGAAGACGAGGCCUACGUUGUAUCGGCCGAUGACGUGAUGAACAAGGCCUGUACCCAGCUUGGCAUUGUGCAAGACGCGCUGACGGAAGCGUUGACCUGCUCGAUCAACAUCAUGCGUGGUAAGGCGUUCCGCAAGUACAAACCCUUUGAAGCGGAGGGGGCCCGUGACGCCAUGUCCAAGGCCCUCUACGGCAAGACGUUCCGUUGGAUUGUUCGUCGUGUCAACCAGUUGCUCGGCCCCAAGCGCAAGUCCAAGGCCCUGACGGACAAGGACAUUGGCAUCUUGGAUAUUUUUGGUUUUGAGUGCUUUGAUCUAAAUAGCUUUGAGCAGCUACUUAUCAACCUGGCCAACGAACGCUUGCAGCAGUUUUUCAACAACUUUAUCUUCAAGAUGGAGUUGGAUGAGUACGCCAAGGAGGGCAUUGAUGGCUCGCAGAUUGACUACGAGGAUAACGAAGAGCUCUUGCAGAUGAUCAUGGCCAAGCCUGCUGGCCUGCUUUCCCUCUGCGAUGAAGAAGCAAAGAUGCCCAAGGGCAGUGAUGUUUCGAUGACCGAAAAGUUUCACGCUGAAUUGGGUAGUAACAAGGGCUACACCCGCCCCCGCGGUAAUGAUCUCAAGUUUACCAUCCACCAUUAUGCUGGCAAGGUGGAGUACUCUUCAGACGGCUUUUUGGACAAGAACCGUGACACGCUGCCCAUUGACGUCGUGGGUGCGCUCCGUUUGUCGGACAAUAAUCUGGUCCGAUCUCUCUUCGACGGUGACGCAGACGAUGCCAAGGCGGCCAAGAAGGGCAAGGCCAAGCGCGACGUUGCCAAUGCACGUAAAUCUCUUCGCAUGUCCAUGAAGAAGGCCGCCAAACAAGCCGCCAAGAGCAACAAGAAGACCGUUGGCUUGGAAUUCAAGGAGUCUCUCGUGAGCUUGAUGGAUGAAAUGUCCAAGGCCUCGCCUCACUUUGUGCGCUGCAUCAAGCCAAAUCACGCCAAGAAACCCGCCAUCUUCCAGAACGAUAUGGUCACUGACCAGCUGCGCUACACCGGUAUGCUGGAGACCACACGCAUUCGCAAAGAAGGUUAUGCCUUCCGCCCCACCUUUGGCGACUUUUUGAAUCGCUUCAAGAUGCUGGGCUUCCCCUUUGGCGUAAACCCGCCUGUCAAUGAGGUCUCCUGCGGCAAGGUGUUGGACGUGGCCGGCUGCAAGGGUUGGCAAGUGGGCAAAACAAAGGUGUUCUUGCGAUACUUCCACAUGGAUGAGCUGAAUGAAAAGUUCAAACCCUUUCCAGCCGUGCGUAGCGGUUGUCGUUCAUUGUUCGUGUGGGCUUGA